AUGGCUAAUGGUGCUCCGGUCUCCGUGCUCGACAGGUGCAUCAUUGCUCUAGCGGAUUUCAUUUGUUGUAAUUGUAAGAGGAACAAGAUUACUCCAGCAGUGCCGAAAGAAGUGUUCUCGGAAACUAGACUCUCCGAAGGCCAAACAGGAGGUGUAAAGAGGUCCCCAACACCUGGUGCUGGAGCACAACGAGUUCCUUUAGAGCAUGCUCCGGAAGAGUUAGAGGUACCUCCACCUGUAAUAAAAGUCGAUGAAAAAAAAGAUAGUCGAACCGAAACUCCGUCCCUUGUGGUUCAAGUCUCACCAAGUAUUGCAGUUCAAGAGCCAUCUGUUGAGCCAGUGAAUGAAAGUGGGGAUCCGGAGCCUUGUCAACCAGAGGAGGCUCUUAUCAAAGAUGAAGUUGAAAACAUAGAUUCAGAAAAUUCAAACAAAAGUAGAGAUAUCGAAUCAAUAGAUCCGCCUCUCAUCUCUCCACCGACACCAUCCGACACCCAUCUACCAGAAAACCGCCCAAAAGCAAGACCCGAUGGAGCUGGAAUCCGAUCUCGAGCAGGUUCCCUAGCAUUCCCCUCCCCUUUCCCAGAAUAUCCUCACUCCGACCAAGAUUCUCAAAUAUCGAGUGAACAAGAUGCGACAGUAAUACUCAAAGAGCUAGAAGAAGAUGAGCUGGAUAUCGAGGACUGGGGAGAAGGAUUCGAAUCAAAUCGGACUCCAAGACCCGACUCUCCACCAAAGAUGCAAUCGGGUCCUGAGACAAAGAGAAAACGUGGAAUAUUUCAGAACAAGAAGUCACAAGCUAUUGAGACACCACCGUCUAGUGAUAGGAAAGAAGGCAGAGGUGGUGAGGGCAGUGGAUUUUUUGUCGAUUGA